AUGGAGCCUUCUGAAGUACCUGCUCAGAUUAGCAAAGAUAAUUUUUUAGAAGUUCCCAGUUUGUCCGAAUCUUUUUGUGAAGAUGAAGAAGUUAAAGCUACUUUCAAACCUGGCUUCUCCCCACAACCCAGCCGACGAGGUUCUGAGUCUUCUGAGGAGGUCUACCUGGACACCCCAACUUCAGGGAGCAGAAGAGUUUCCUUUGCUGAUAGUUUUGGAUUCAACCUCGUGUCUGUUAAAGAAUUUGAUAGCUGGGACUUACCGAGCGUCUCCCCCACCUUUGAGCUAAGAAAGGAUGUUUUUCAGGCAGAAGAAUAUGUCUUAUCUCCACUCUUUGACUUACCUUGUUCCAAAGAAGCUCUUAUGCAACAGCUUCAAGAGCAGAAAGCGAUACUGGAGUCAACUGAGUUUGUACCAGGUUGUACCAGCAUGAAGGGGAUUAUUCGCGUUUUGAAUGUUUCUUUUGAGAAGCUAGUCUAUGUGAGAAUGUCGUUAGAUGAUUGGCAAACACAUUAUGACAUUUUGGCAGAAUACGUUCCUAACUCGUGUGAUGGUGAAACUGAUCAGUUCUCUUUCAAGAUUUCUCUGGUCCCUCCUUAUCAAAAAGAUGGAAGUAAAGUUGAGUUUUGUAUACGCUAUGAAACUUCUGCUGGUACAUUUUGGUCAAAUAAUAAUGGCACAAAUUAUGUAUUGGUUUGUCAAAAGAAGGAACCUGAGCCGGACCCAGCAAAACCACUUGAAGAAGUUCCAAAUAAACAAAUAAAAGGUUGCUUAAAGAUAAAACCAAGUAAGGAAGAAUUAUCAGAAGCAUCAGAAGAAAAUAAUUUUGAAAAUUCAAAAAUUAAAGAUACCUAUAUCCCAACCAUUGUUUGUUCCCAUGAGGACAAGGAACUCUUGGAAAGCAGCUAUCAGAAUGUAAAAGCUGCAAACGUGGAACAUGAUGAACAUAAUGAAAAAGAAUUAGAGCUGAUGGUAAGUAUACAUCAACGCUUAGCUCGGUGUGAUCCUUCUGAAGAUGAAAGGAACACAUUUUCAUCAGAUCCAGUCAAUUUUCCAAGCAAAGCUGAAGAAUUAGAGACGAAGCGAAUUGGCAGUGAAGUACACACUGACUCGUUUCAAGGGUCUUUGUUUCCAAGUUCAUCAGCAGAAAGUUCCUCAAAGGAUGAUCACUACCACAGUGAAAAAUAUUCCUCGGGAAAUGAGACCAGUCAUCGGCCUUCAGCUGGGGGAGAAAUCAACCGUUCUUUGGGAGAUACCGCUAGAGACGAAUCAGUUCAGUCACACAUCAGCAACAAAGCAAUCCUGGAUGACAACGCUAAUCCUGCCUAUGGGAGUGGCAGAGGGGACACAUCUUGCCCUUCCACAAGUCUACUGAUGACAGGUAGCCUGAAUAAAAAAUAUGAAGGAGGAGCUAAGGACAUUGAAAUAAAAGAUGGGGAAUAUUUACCAAGAGAUUGCCAUUGGAAUGCAUCUGCCAAUGUGGGAGAAUCAACAGAAAACAGAUUUUUCAGGAAAGACUGUGUGCAAAGUAGAGAUAACAAAGUACAAAGGAUAGGGUUUAGUGAAAAACCAAGUAGAAAUGUUCCGUCAGUGUUCUAUGACCAAGAAACAAAGAUGGGCCACCUUGAAACAACCAUGGAAGUGACUGAAGCUGGUGACAGAGACCGAAUUUCUCUACCAAGCAAAGAUAGCUCAAUUCCUAGCCAAGAAAUCAUGGCAGAUACAUUUCAAUGUGCAAGGACAUUUUCCAGUUCUGAAGAAACUGGACGUGAUGUCUCAGCUAGGGAAGACACUCCCUUAGGAGGGCUAGCUGGUCAAGAAUGUUCACCAAGCAGUGGAGAUGUUCUCAGGCAUCAGUUCCUUUUCCAAGUUGAACAAGAAAAACUAGGUUGGCUCCAUCCUGAAGGUCAGGGUAAGAGCAUGCAGCAUCAACCAUGUUGGAAUGCUCAGGAGAGUCAGGGAAAAGCAAGAGGGAGUAAGAUAAAUAUAACAGAGCAGAUCAAAGAACAAGCAGACUGUGAAGACAUGUGGGGAAAAAGAGAUAACACUGGGAGCUUGAAAGCUACUCCUGCCGAAACGUUGUUUACCUGCCAAGAAACAGCGGAUUACAAUAUUCCUGGGGAAGCAGAAGCAGGUACAGCUUAUAUAAUUAAGACAACAUCAGAAAGGAUUCCAGAAAGCAUGUCGGCUGGAGAAAAAGCAGUAAUUGCUAAGCUACCUCAAGAGACAGCACGAAGUGACAGGCCCAUCAAGGUAAAGGAAGCAGUGUUUGAUCCACAUGAAGGGAGAAGUGAUGAGGCACGUUAUACCCUUUGUCAACGAGACACAGUCAGCUCAACUGAUGACAAUGGUUUUGAGAAUGUAUCCCGUUUAGAUAUUUGUAAUGUACGUGCAGAUGAAAGGCAGAAGGAAGAAGCCGCGAAUACGUACAGCCCUGGCAAGAGACAUGACAGGGAGACAUGUGGCAUUGGAAAUAUCACUUCUGUAGAAGAAUCCUUGCAGGUCAUUACAAGUCAUCAAAAAGCAACUUCAAAAUGGGAUUCACAUUUGGAAAUGCCAUCGGCCGAAGAAAAAUCACUUUCCAAGAAUGGAGAUCUUGGGCAGGUCCAAGAAUUACCAAAGAAAACAGAGGUGUAUGCCCCUUAUCAUUCUGCCUUUACCUCAGACCUGAGCAGAGCUUCUCAGAACGACUCUCUUUCUCAUCGCCACGAGGAGACUGCAGCGCCACCUUGGGGACAGGCAAGGGCUGGAGCGAAUACAGCUAUUACCACCAUCACCCAAACUUCUGCUGCCAAGUCGGAACAUAAUUGUAAAUCAGCAGGUGAAACCCAGGGUCGACCUGAAUGUAAACCUGAAGAAUCUUCCAGAAGUCCAAGAAGAGUAAUGUCGGACUCUAGAAUAGGCAAUUCAUUAGGCCAGAUUUUCCAGCUGGAAGAACGCAGUGCGGAAAUAUCGCAAGGGCCAACGAUUUUAAUCAGUGAAUCUCGUGAGAAGAUGGGAAAGGAAAGGCAUGGAAGUGAAGGGUUAAUUAAUUCUGGACAGUCACUAGGCUUGUUAGGUGACAAGGAAUUUGCGAGUUCUUCUUCUGCCAGUUUCCCUGUGCAGGAAAGUCAAGAUGAAGGCAGGGAAUCUCUUCUUUCAAAAUACACCAACUCUCAAAUACCUUAUUUCCUUUUGUUUUUGGUAUUUCUUAUAACCGUUUACCACUAUGACCUAAUGAUAGGUUUAGCAUUCUUCCUUUGCUCCUUGUGUUGGCUCUACUGGGAAGAGGGAAAACAGAAAGAAUCUGUCAAAAGGAAGUAGCUUCAGCACCCUGGUUAUUCUCUGUUAAAAGAUAAGCUGUUUUAGCUCCAAACAUUUGGAUUGGUGAAAGAGGCUAUUCAUUGUUCAAAGAGCCAGUGCAGUUUUUCUCUUGAAGGAUCAUUUACAAAGGAAUGCGUAUGAAGUUUGCUCCUUCCUAUAAGUAAUUAUUCUAUAUAGGACCAUUAUGUUUGGAUCAUUAAAUACCUGUAUGAAUAUGAGAUCUGAAGCACGUCAAGUUGAAAUUAGGUACAGCUGUUGCUCCUUAGAGCCGUGAAGCUGCAAUGUUUCACGUCCCUCCACUACUUAACGUGCGAUUUCUUGCGUUCAUUUCUUUUGCAGUAAAGCUUCAUUUUUUUUUCCCCUGGGCACAUUUUUCCCCCUCUAUGGUUUUUAAAAAUAGAUAAAACAUAGACAAUGGCAGAGGAUUUCCUUGUCUCUAUUUUUUUUUUUUGCUCUUUUUAGGAUUGACUGAAAUUUUCAUCUACUACUGUAAAAUAUAUCAGCACAUAAUGAUAGAUCAACUAUGUCAAUUCGUAUUUCAUGGUUUUAAGAAGACAGUCAUGUACAUUGAAAAGUAUAAAUUUAAAAAAACACUUCAUAUUUAGUUAUAGAAUAGUUUAAACACAAACCCGUCCUAGUUUGUUUGUACCUGUGAAGUCAGGGUCUUCAGAGACCAAGUCUAAUAAAUCCUGAAACAAUAGGGAGAUUACCAUUGAAUUGUAUAAGAUUUUGUGAGUGGUCUACCUUGAAACAAAAGUUUAACCUUCUAAAGAGAGAUUUAAGAGACUGAACUAUUUCAUUGUCAACUAUUAUUCAGAAUUACACAUUUAAAGUCCCACAGGCAUUGCUUCAGAAUGACUCUGUAACUGCAAAGCAUGUGGUAUUAAAUCAUAGUAACUUUAAAAUUUUCCAAAUGAACUAUUUGUUCUGUGUAGUUUUUUUGUUUGUUUCAGAUCAAUUUAAAAAUUUUUCUGAUUACAAACCAAUGAAUUAUCUCCCAAGGUGCAUCUAGAGAAGAUACAUAGGAAGCUGGUGAUAUUUGAUAUGUAAUUAUCAGGUUGCUAGAUGAUAACUCAAGUUUUAAGUUGGAAAAUAGGAGUAUGUCAAUAUCUACUGA